AUGUCUGGUGUAUAUGAGGCCAUGCCUGGUGUAUGUGAGGGCAUGCCUGGUGUAUGUGAGGCCAUGCCUGGUGCAUGUGAGGCUAUGUCUGGUGUAUAUGAGGCCAUGCCUGGUGUAUGUGAGGCCAUGCCUGGUGUAUGUGAGGCCAUGCCUGGUGCAUGUGAGGCCAUGCCUGGUGUAUAUGAGGCCAUGCCUGGUGCAUGUGAGGCAAUGCCUGUUGUAUGUGAGGCCAUGCCUGGUGCAUAUGAGGUUAUGCCUGGUGUAUUUGAGGCCAUGCCUGGUGUAUGUGAAGCCAUGCCUGGUGUAUGUGAGGCCAUGCCUGGUGUAUGUGAGGCCAUGCCUGGUGCAUUUGAGGCUAUGCCUGGUGUAUGUGAUUCCAUGCCUGGUGUAUAUGAGGCCAUGCCUGGUGCAUGUGAGGCUAUGCCUGUUGUUUGUGAGGCCAUGCCUGGUGCAUGUGAGGUUAUGCCUGGUGUAUUUGAGGCCAUGCCUGGUGUAUGUGAGGCCAUGCCUGGUGUAUGUGAGGCCAUGCCUGGUGCAUGUGAGGCUAUGUCAGGCUUGAUUCAGAAGAAACACAUACAAUAUAAAGAUGAACAGCUUGAAGAAAUUGUAAUUAUCAUUUGA